GUCUCCCUCAGGCCGGCCACAAUUUUGAUCAACCCACCAAAAGGCUAGUGAGACGUAGUACUUAGAUUUCUACAGGGAGGGGGGUGAAGCAACUUGAAGAGAUGGAGACCUUAGUUUUUUUAUUUUCCCUUUCUGCCCUUGGCGUCCUUUAUACAAUGAACACCAUUCCAGAGCUUCAAGAGCCUUACGUGAUCUUGGAGAUUGGAAUCGCUGUGUUGGUGGUCGUGUUUCUGUUCUACUUUGUCAUCACUCGUGGCAAUCCCCCUAAAGACGCCCUAUUCUUUGUGUUUGCUGAGUUCUCCUUUACUUGCAUCAUUGACCUGACGAGUGCCUUGGAAUAUGAUGGUGUUAUAUCUGGGUUUAUGGACUUCUACCAGAAGACGGGAGAACCCUACCUGGGCACACCGUAUGCCAUCAUGAUGUGCUACUGGGAUGGAAUAGCCCACUUCAUCAUGUACCUGACGAUGAUCAGCAGAAUAACAGACAGGAAGUCCUACCGUACCCUUGGCUUGUUCUGGGCCGGCUCUCUGUGUGCCAACAUGAGCGUGUUUAUCACUGGGAUAGUCGCAGGCAAAUAUGGGUUAGACAUCCGCCCAGCAUUCUGGCUCAACUUUCUUUUCCUUUUGAUGCCCGUAUGGGGGUCGAUCACACUCUUUUCUAGGCCCAAGGACAGACCACUCGUGGGUGGAUACAAUGCCCAGCAUGCUCAGAGCAUGAAGCUAAUCUGGCGUCCCCUGGACCUGCUGCUGGUACUGCUGCUUUUGGCUGCCAUGGCCUUCACGGUCCUCAGAGGCCUGGUGGCACUUGACUCCCCACUAGAGGCCUGCUCCAUCUACCUGAAGCAGUACGAACCCUACCUGAAGGAUCCUGUUGGCUACCCCAGAGUUAUGAUGCUGCACAUCUUUUUCUAUGGACUUCCCAUACUGGGUGCACUUGUUUACGGACUCCUCAAGCCUGGGUGCACAUGGAUGUCAGACUGGACUGUAUUCUUUGCAGGAGCGAUGAUUCAGUGCCAGUGGACUCAUAUCGGGGCCUCCCUCCAUCCUCGCACUGCAGCUCCAUUUCGUAUCCCAGAUGAGGCCUUCUGGUGUGUGUUGGCAGCUAAUGUGCUCUAUGCAGUCACCCCCAUCCUGGUGGCCAUGCGGGUCCACAAUAACCCCUACUUCUUCCUGAAGAUUGCCCCCUUCCCUGGCCAGACCGGCCUGCCGAAUAGCGAGGAGAAAGACACCAAGUACAAAGACAAAUAACAGAUGCUAAUGUUCUGUAGCUUUCAUAGUCGAUGAUGAGCCGACUGAUUCUCAAAAAGAAUUUUAACUUAAAACUACAAUAACACUUUAUUUCAAAUGCCUUAUUUCAA